UAAUAGAGAACACAAACUAAAAGAGAGAAUGAAUAGGUUCCUUGUUAUCGUGUUAUUCAUUGUCUUUACAGAAACUUCUAUCCAAAUCAGUGCUCAGACUUGCAAACCGAGUGGCAGCAUCCGGGGAAGAAAACCACCUCCUGGAGAAUGCAACACAGAGAAUGACUCGGAAUGUUGCGUACAAGGUAAGUUCUACACCACGUAUACAUGCUCUCCUGCAGUGACAAGUGCUACUAAAGCGAAACUUACAAUAAACAGUUUCCAAAAGGGAGGGGAUGGUGGUGGUCCAUCUGAGUGUCACAACCAAUACCACUCCAAUGACACGCCGGUUGUGGCACUAUCAACCGGAUGGUACAAGGGAGGGAGUAGGUGCCAUAAGUUUAUUACCAUUAAUGGAAAUGGGAGGAGCGUUAAGGCGAUGGUUGUGGAUGAGUGUGACUCUACUAGGGGGUGCGAUGCUGAUCAUGACUAUCAACCACCUUGCCCUAAUAAUAUUGUUGAUGGUUCUAAAGCUGUGUGGAAAGCCUUAGGGGUAUCAAAAGAUAACUGGGGAGAUUUAAAUGUUACUUGGUCAGAGUGAUGGAGUUAAACUCCUGAUCUCAUAAAAAUAAUGUCAUAACGUUAUAAUGUUUUUCUUUUCUAGUUAAGAUAUAUA